AUGUCGCCCAAAGCUUCCACCCGAAUCGCAUCGGUUCGCCGUCUCAACAACGAAGGCCCCGGAGACCGGUCUCUCGCAGAGUGGUGGGCCAACGAACGCGAUAACCAUACCCCGGAAGCGGCCGCCAUCGAGAACGCCGCGCAACUUCUCCGAACCAGCGAUAUCCCCGUUGCUUUCCCCACAGAGACAGUGUACGGACUGGGUGCAGAUGCGACGCGAAGCGAUGCAGUACAAGGGAUCUACAAGGCGAAGCAGAGGCCGUCAGAUAACCCGCUGAUUAUACAUGUUGAUUCGCUGGGGAUGUUGGAGCGGUUACUCAACCCCACACAGGAAAGUCCAUCGCGCAGGACUACCACUGCGAAGAAUGCUAUCCCACCCAUCUACGACUCGGUCAUUUCCCGCUUCUGGCCCGGUCCUCUCACAAUCCUCCUCCCUAACCCCUCCGGCUCCCCUCUUGCUCCCGAAGUCACCUCCAAGCUUACAACCUUUGGCGUGCGCAUGCCCUCGUCCCCGCUCGCACGCUUGUUGAUUCAUGUAACGGACCGACCACUGGCGGCUCCCUCGGCCAACGCAUCCACUAAGCCCUCCCCGACGGCGGCGGAACAUGUAUUCCAUGACCUCGAAGGUCGCAUCGAGCUGAUCCUUGACGGUGGUCCCUGUGGCGUAGGCGUGGAGAGUACGGUUGUCGAUGGACUGUCCGACCCGCCGGCUAUCCUUCGACCGGGCGGGAUUGGAAUCGAGGAGCUGCGGACGUGCCCGGGGUGGGAGAAUGUACAGAUCGGAUACCAUGACGGCACACUAGAUGCGAAGGAGGCCCCACGAGCACCGGGCAUGAAGUACCGACACUACUCGCCCAAGGCGCGCGUGGUACUGUUCGAAGCCGGCUCCGACGAGGAAGCCGUCGCGAAACACAUCCGCAAGGACCUGGAAGAUUCAGCAGUCGGAGCACACAUGAUCGGAGUGGUCCGCACGCAACACUGGAAGCGGGGACUGGGGUUGCUGUCUGCCGACGAGAUGCAAAAGAGCCUGAAGCGUAUCCCCUCGCUCGUGGACGAGCUAGUAGGAUUCUCCGUCCCGGUGAGCGAUCAAGUCAACGGAAGCACUGCAACCAAGGAGACCUUCGACUGCCACCUCGGCACGGAUGUCAAGUCGAUCGCACAGGGCCUGUUCUCGGCACUACGGGCCAUGGAUGAAAUGGAAGUGGACGUCAUCUACGUCGAGGGUGUGCCCGAUCAUCAGGGUGAUCUGGCAGCUGCUGUCAUGAACCGGUUGCGUAAAGCUGCCGGAGCGGAACUCCGGGUAUAA